AUGUUAAAAAAAUAACAAUAUAUUAUAUAUUUUUAUAUUUAAAACCAUAAUAGAUCAUUUUUCUAAUUUAGAUCUGAAUAAUUGAUAGAAACGAGCUGGAUAAUUUAACUAACUUAAUUUCUAUAGUCUUUAUUUUUAUAAAAUAAUUGGAUUUGUAUACUAAAUUAAAUCUACCUUAAUAGUUCUCGAAUAAGGACAAUUAUUGGAGUCUAAGUUUAAUGA